UUUAUUUAUGAGAGAAAGAGCACAAAUGACAUGAUUUUGUUGUAACAUGCAUUUAAUGGUUAUUGCUCUUGUUUCUCAUUCAGCUUUGAGCGUUCCAAGAAACUCUGCCAUGUUGACGCUAAAUGGAACCAACCACAAGCAGUGGGUUGAAUCCCUCAUGCUAAAUUUGACUCUUAUGAGAGUGGACUUGGCCUUGAGAAUGGAUGCACCGCCUAAACCCGCUGAUGAUGCCACUGAAAAGGACAAGAAGUCCUAUGAGGAUUGGGAGCAUUCCAAUCGCUGUUGUUUGAUGCUUAUGAGAUAUCACAUGGAUGAGUCCAUUCGUGAUAGUAUUCCUCAGAUUGAAAAUGCAAAGGAUUUUCUUGCUGCCAUUAAGGAAAAGUACAAAAAGUUCUCAAAGAAUGAGAAAAAUGAGUGCUUGACUUUGUUCCAUCGCACUAAUUAUGCCAAUACGGGUGAUAUUAAAGCCCACAUUGACAAGCUCAUGGGUUGUUACCAAAAGCUCAAGGGCAUGGGAUUGGAUCUUGGUGAGGAUUACAUGGUAUGGUUUGUGAUGGAAACUAUUCCUUCUCAAUUUGAUUCGAUCAGAUCAAGCUACAAUGCUCAAAAGGAGCAGUGGACCAUUGAGGAGAUGACUUCUAUUCUUGCCAAAGAAGAAGAGGACAUGAAAAAGGGGAGAGCAAGAAGUAUCUCCAUGGUGACCAAUCCAAACAAUUCUCACAAGAGAAAGUUCGCUCCCAACAACUCUAGUGACCAAAGGUUUCAUAAGAAGAAAGCCACCAAUCCUAAGGGAAAUGGACAAGCAAGCUCUUCUUCAUCUGGUCAUAAGAAUGAAUUUUUCGAAGGGAAGUGCAACUUUUGUCAAUGCUUCGGGCAUAAGAAAGCUGAUUGCCGAAAGCUCAAAGCUCACUUAGAGAAGAAAGGCAGUGACAAGUCGAAGAAGGCCGAGUAGGUUGGAGGAGUAUGUGUACAUGGGAGACGAUACUAAAGUCAGAGUUGAAUUUUUUGGGACUGUUAAUCUGCAGCUGAAUACUGGGCAUUUUUUGGAAUUGCAUGAUGUUGCUUAUUUACCCUCUAUGAGGAGGAAUUUGAUCUCUGUAUCUAUUUUGGAUAGACUAGGUUAUAGUCUUCAUUUUGGAACUGGAAAACUGACUUUGUAUCGUGACUCUAUGUUGAUUGGAAAUGGAACUUUAUGUGGAAACUUAUAUAAGCUUGAUUUACAUGAUGUUGUUCCUAUUACUUCUCCCUCUUGUCCAUCUUCUUCUUCUCUUAAUGCUGUUGUUCGUUCUAAACGUGCAAGAUCAGAUUUGAAAUCUUCCAUGCUUUGGCACAAACGUUUGGGCCAUAUUUCUAGAGAUAGAAUGGAAAGAUUGGUGAAAGAUGGUGUGCUUCAGGAUCUUGAUUUUUCUGAUUUUACUGCCUGUGUUGAUUGUAUAAAAGGAAAGUUGACUGCCAAGGUUAGAAAAAGUAAGUCAGACAGAUGUGCAGAUGUGUUAGAGCUUAUCCAUACUGAUAUUUGUGGGCCUUUUGUUCCACCUGCUAUGGGUGGUUAUAAAUACUUUAUCACCUUCAUCGAUGAUUUUUCCCGAUAUGGCCAUGUUGAGCUCAUUCGUGAAAAAUUUGAAUAUUUAGAUGCUUUCAAGAUUUUCAAGACGAAUGUUGAGCUUCAAAAGGGAAAGAAAAUUAAAGCUGUCAAUUCUGAUAGAGGUGGUGAGUAUUAUGGGCGUUAUGAUGAAACUGGAAGGAACCCCGGGCCUU